UUCUGGGGCCCGGAGGCUCGCUUCGGCAAGCUUCCCGGGGUGGUCUCCACGCGGGUGGGGUACACCGGCGGCGACGCGCCCGCGCCGACGUACGGCAGCGUGUGCGGCGGCGACGGACACACGGAGGCGAUCUCGAUCGAGUUCGACCCGAACGUCGUGACGUACGACGAGCUCCUGGACCGGUUCUGGGAGGAGCACAACCCGUCGGGGUACAAGCCGAAGGCGCAGUACAAGUCCGCGAUAUGGCCGACGACGGACGCGCAGUUGGAGAUGGCGCGCGCGAGCGUGGAGAAGAUCAGGUCCAAGUACGGAGACGUGCACACGGACGUCGAGCCCGCGAAAGAAUGGCACGACGCCGAGGAGUACCACCAGAAGUACUUCGAUAAGAUGAAGGGCAUCUUCUAA